AUGGCUCUUGGCGAGUCACGCCACAUCCUCCGCAUCAAUACCUUAGAGCGUACGCCAACACCAAACGAAGAAACCGGCCACUCCUACCUGCUGGACUUGCCGCCCGAGCUGCGUCUCCGCAUCUACGACUUCGUCUAUGAGGGAUACGCAGGCAAGAGGAUCACAUGUUUCAUCACUACUGAAGGAGCGCUGGGAUACGACGGGUACGACAAUCCUGGUCCACCUUUUGAAGCAACAACAUCUGCGCUGUUUCGAACAUGCCGAAUGAUCCACUGGGAGGCGCUGCCUGUCCUAUAUGAAAGUGUGCACUCCCAACUGAGCCUGCUCAGUAAGUCGGGUCGCUUGGGCAAGUGGAGCAAAGCUGAAAAACGCUGGAAACCGGACGUCGUCGUCCCACAACACACCAAGUCCAUGAUCAACUUCGGAAAACUAUUCAGGAACCUGGAGAUUAGAACGUCACUCCGUCGUCCUGCUGCCAACGCACAGGUUCUGGAAAGGUUGUGCGCGCUUCUUGAAGUGCCGGCGGUUCAGCUCAGACAUCCAAUUGUGGGUUUGUUCUAUCCCCGAGAACGGGACUCACCUAUCAAUUCUAUGCAGACUCUUCAGCAGUACGAGAAAGAAGCGAAGAAUCGAGAAAUCGGCCUCGACGCUACUACCGUAGCCGGAAAGAUCUGGUCAGCCGUGUUGAGCGAGCUCAAGAAGAAGGCCGGCGAGCACUGA